AUGAAGUAUGAGCGGAUGGUCUUGCCUUUCAACACAAUAGAAUAUCAAGUUCGUGAUGAAAAAGGUACAAAUUUCACAGUAAAUAUACACAAUAGAACAUGUACUUGUAAUAGGUUUCAAGAAGAUGAAAUGCCUUGUGGGCAUGCAAUUGUUGUAAUUGCAAAGAGAAACUUGGGAGUGUGUGAUUACUGUGCAAAUUUUUACAAAACAGAAACUUUGAAAGCAUUGUAUGAAGAAAAUGUUCAUCAUUUGCCCCAUAAAGAUGAAUGGAAUCUCCCACAACACUUAGACAUGGUGGUGCUCCUUCCAAAGGCGACAAUCCCUGCAGGAAGACCAAGAAAGAAAAGAAUAAGAUCAAGAGGGGAACCAAAAGUAAUAAUCACAUGUGGAAAAUGUAGUCAACCAGGACAUAACAGAAAGACAUGCAGGAAUCCACCAAUUGACAAGACAAACAAGCAUAAAAAACAAAAGUCAUAG